UUCCCUCGUGUUGUACUAUAGUAGCCUCCAGUGUGCACGCACGCGCGCGCAUUUAACGGUUCCAUGUUUUGCGUAACAUGAAAGAACUCCAAGGCAUUUUUAUGUGUAUCAUGGCAGGUGAAUUAUUAAUGUACAGGACAUCGAAAUGCUCCCUACAGAUGUUUGAGGCUCUUCUGUUUACAAUAGUUUCAGCCAUCAAUGUUGCUAUUUUGGGGGCUUUUUUCCCCCAGUCGGGUCCGCCUAAAUGCUCUGUCUGGGGUAUUUUUCCUCUGUAAGCUGCAGCGAGGAUUGCAACAGAUGCUGUUUUGCUUUUGGACACGGUAUUAAAUCGGUGCUGUAUGAUGGACUUUGUCCCAUAUGUGUGACGGAGAUCCAGUUCUUCCAGUUUCUGCAGAGAAACCGUCCGGUGAAAGUAGAUUUUGUUGACAUUUCCCUGCCAGUCUACUCUGGAGAGAAAUACAAGGAUGUCAGCUACGAGAUGGCCAUGGAGGAAAUGCAUGUGAUUGAUGAGAAAGACAAAGUUCAUCGUGGGAUACCAGCUUUUGCAGUCGUGUACGGAGUAGUUGGCCUCGGCUGGUUGGGUUGCCUCAUAAUGUGGUCGCCUGUGAGACCAUUCAUGGACAAGUCCUAUGCCAUCUUUGCCAGGAAUCGCUUAAAGUGGACCGGGCGUGGGGGAGAGUGCACCAAAGGACACUGUGAAAAGAAAAAGCAUUGAUUCCAGGCCGCAGAAAAUGUUUAAAUGUUUAGUUGUGUCAUAUCUGUCCAUUUAUCUUUAACCGUUUAUCCUGUUCAAGUUUGCGUGGGCGCUGGAGCCGAUCCCAGCUGAUAUGGGGCGAAGGCCCACAAUCAGCCCAUCGCAGGGCUUGUUUUUGUGUUUAAGUUAACUGACCGUUAGGAACUAGAUAAAUACCACUCGGUCUGUCUGGUUACCACUCAAUUUAUUAUUAUUAAUGGAAAGGUUUAGAAGUUGUUUGCUGAAGGUUAAGCCUUAUUAAAUGUGUAUACUUCAAAGCCAUUAUUUGAUGCAGAAUAUCUUUACUUGUAAAACUGUAAGUUUGGUUAAACAUGCUUAAAUUAAAUGGAAGAAAACAUUAACUUUAUUACUGUCACUUUAAUUCUGUGACGGAGAUUUACAAUAUAAGAACAGUUUAAUAACACAAUCUUCUGGAGCUUUUGGAGUUCUGUGUUCAAUAAUGUUUUAUUCUAAUUGUUUUAAAACUCUGAGCUGUUUCUUUUAACAUGACCACUGGUAAAAUGACUGAGGUUAACCCUAACACAUUACGGCGCAUAGAAAAAGUUAUAAUGCAAACGUCAGAGGGUAAUGGUGUACGAUGUCCAACACUCAUAAUAUGGCAAAUAUACAGAAAGUGAUAGAAAAGUUUAGUCAUAUAGUUCCUGUUGCACGGAAUCUCAGAUUGAGGUGCAUUCAAAACCGGAUAGAGAACAAGACCAUCAAGAAGCCACUAGAUGUCAUCGUAAAUCUACAAUAAUCUCCCUUGAGGGAAGUUGCUCCUCUUGUACUCUGCUGUAAGGCAGUCGGGAUUAUUUGCCGGAUCAUGAUCGGGCUGUAAUGAUGGGUGAAAUCUUUAUCUAACCGUCCUCACAGUAAAGGAAAUAAAACAUUACAACAGUUUGCAAGUUA